AUGCGUCUACGUUAUCUCGCUUUAUUCUUCAGCUUACUACGUGGCUUUUCAAUAUGGGGGUCGGCACUGAAAGGCAGAUCAGCUACAGACGUUAAAGCUUUUAAUCACGUGCUGAGAGCUGAAAUUGAAGCAGUCAGACAGCAGCUAAAACUGUACCGACAGAAAGCGAACUAUCUUUCAAGUGCGAUCUAUCAAUUUCAGAGCCUGAAUGAAACAAUCGAUUUGUCAGGAUCCAUGCUUAAUGUCAGUGCGAAAAAGUUUCAUUCGAAGCCUCUAAAGAAUCCAAAACUGUUGAGCAACUGGUUUGAGCCUCAAGGAACAUUCAGGCUGAUAAACUCGACGCAAGUAUUGACCCAAUUGAUUUCAUUUCGGCCCACUAUCAGUAAAAGAGCUCACAAGCGCUCGCGACACAAGAAAAGCACGAAUGACGAACCGCCGCUGCAGUUUCUGCUGGUAGUCGAUCGAUAUUCGACUGUCAUGAAAUUGAUCCAUCCGAUAACGUUUGAGCUCAUGUGGCAACAUGCGCUAAAUUUACGAUCGUUAUCAACUGACGAAGAAUUUCACAUAGCCGACAUCUACUUUGUUUCGGAUCGUCGUUCGUAUUUGGUAAUUCUCUCAACGUUGGGCGACGUCGUGCUUUUCAAACUUCGACUUUGGUAUGGCCGGCGAAUUAUCGCUGGUGACGUUCGACAUUUUGAUACUCGUCAAGUGCAAGAUCAAAGCAAACUUCAGUGCUUAAAGGGACAAGAUAUGAUCGAUCUCUUUUGUGAGUCAAAACCACCAUGGGUACGCUCGAGUUUGACAGUGCCAAGUUUUGGAAAGUAUCUUCAUGUUGACGUAGAACGCAUUUUUGCAGCAACUCUUAGUCCCCAAUGGGAUUAUGACCACGGUAAAGUGGCAGUUGUGACGUUCUAUCAUCAUAUGUCUGUGGUUGCUGCAGACAAUUCGGGUAGACAUUUAUCAUUUUACCAUGGCAAUGGAAGUUUUAUCAAAGAUCUCCACACACAGAAAGAGAUUCAUGGCAGUUCAAUGGUGCAGCUAGGACAUCUUCAAAGUGGCAAGGGAUUAAUUGCGGUAGCGACACAAUACCAAAUUAAGUUUGUUGAUGCUUCUUCGCUUCACAUGGUGCCAGUUGUAUGCGAGGCUCCAGGGCCACAUACGUUCUCAAGUGUAGCUGUGGAUCCACUACAUCAAACUACUUUUUACGCUGGUACUUCAACAGGCCGUGUAUUUGUCUUCGAAUUACACAACUUAGGAGGUUGGAGACAGCAAGUUAAAGCUCACAACCCGCUUGUAUGCACUUUAGUGAAGCAGCUGAUGCCUCGCCUGCCAUAUAGGCUUGAUUUUGGUCUUAAUUUGCCAGUUAUUGUAAAGACAAUGCCUCGAUAUCUGCUUAUGGGUGCUGGCUCACAUUUAUUGCUCUAUCAAUUGUCUAGCAGUAGCGAGAAAGCGCAAGCAAUUUAUCUAUCAGGAAGUUCGCUAGAUGACUCAUUGCAGAUGCUGGACAUGUCUGUUGCUAACGAUCUCAUUACGCACACUAUUGGAUUUGUCAUACUAGCUUCAGAUAUUAAUGAAAGCUGUCGUCUGGAUAUUUACAAAUCGCGCAUAACUCCACAUGACAUCAACUUUGAUCUUAGCUGGAUACGCUUACCCGCCAUGAUGAUUUGUGCAGUAGCAGCUAUUUAUUGGCAACGAAAAGGUCGGCCGGGUAGAAGAAAUAUGUUUGAUGAAGCAGAGCUGACAAGUCUGCUGAGCAGUAGAAAUGGUCAAUGGUCGAGCUCACGCAUGAUGAAUCGUGGUGGAAUGACUAUGGAUACAAAAGCUAAAUAUUGGCAGUAA